CUAAUCGAUGUUGUUCCACCGCUAACAAAAAGUGCAAUUCACUGAACUUUUCGGCGUUUAAUUGAAUUCAGUUUAAAGGAAGAGUAAAGUUAGGUGAAGAGCGAACCCAAUCCAGCAGAAAGAUGACCGUGACCGCGACGCCGCUGCCCGACAAUCUGCGGGUGAAAGCCUUCUCCGACUACAGGAAGAAGCUCCUCGAGCACAAGGAGAUCGAGGGACGCCUCAAAGAAAAGCGCGAGGAGAUCAAGGAGCUGACCAAGGCGUACGACAAGUCGGAGAACGACCUGAAGGCCCUGCAGAGCGUGGGACAGAUCGUGGGCGAGGUGCUGAAGCAGCUGACGGAGGAUAAAUUCAUUGUGAAGGCCACCAAUGGACCCCGCUAUGUGGUCGGUUGCCGUCGGCAGCUGGACAAGGCCAAGCUGAAGUCGGGCACCCGUGUGGCCCUCGACAUGACCACGCUGACCAUCAUGCGGUACUUGCCCCGCGAGGUGGACCCCCUGGUGUACAACAUGUCGCACGAGGACCCCGGCGAUGUCACCUACUCGGCCAUCGGAGGCCUCACCGAGCAGAUCCGCGAGCUGCGCGAGGUCAUCGAGCUGCCCCUGCUCAAUCCGGAGCUCUUCCUGCGCGUCGGCAUCACGCCGCCCAAGGGCUGUCUGCUGUACGGGCCGCCAGGCACGGGCAAAACGCUCCUGGCCCGCGCCGUGGCCUCGCAGCUGGACGCCAACUUCCUGAAGGUCGUCUCCUCGGCGAUUGUGGACAAGUAUAUCGGCGAGAGUGCCCGCCUCAUUCGCGAGAUGUUCAACUACGCCCGCGAUCACCAGCCCUGCAUCAUCUUCAUGGACGAGAUCGACGCCAUCGGCGGUCGGCGCUUCUCCGAGGGCACCUCCGCCGAUCGCGAGAUCCAGCGCACGCUGAUGGAGCUGCUCAACCAGAUGGACGGCUUCGACUCGCUCGGCCAGGUCAAGAUGAUCAUGGCCACCAACCGGCCCGACACCCUGGAUCCCGCCCUGCUGCGUCCGGGUCGCUUGGACAGGAAGAUCGAGAUUCCGCUGCCCAACGAGCAGGCCAGGCUGGAAAUCCUCAAGAUCCACGCUCUGAAGAUUGCCAAGCACGGCGAGAUCGACUACGAGGCCAUUGUGAAGCUGUCGGACAACUUCAACGGCGCGGAUCUGCGCAAUGUCUGCACGGAGGCGGGCCUCUUUGCCAUCCGCGCCGAGCGGGAGUACGUCAUCCAGGAGGACUUCAUGAAGGCGGUGCGCAAGGUGUCGGACAACAAGAAGCUGGAGAGCAAGCUGGACUACAAGCCCGUCUAGGAGAGCUCCACCCACCGCCCGCAGAGAUAAGCACUAACCACUCUUACACACAUAUACAGAUAUAUAUUAUAAUGCCCACAACAGGCCUGUCACACAUAGUCCGUUGCGUCUGCUCCAUAUGCUAAUUAAAUGCUAUGUAAACAUUA